GUGUGUGUGUCACCCCCCGAUCUGGGCUGCCAGCGACCAUGCCGCAGCUGAAUGGCGGUGGAGGGGACGAUCUGGGGGCCAACGAUGAGAUGAUCGCCUUCAAAGACGAAGGGGAGCAGGAGGAGAAGAUCUCCGACAAUUCUUCGGCCGAGAGGGAUCUGGCCGAUGUCAAGUCGUCGCUGGUCAACGAGUCCGAGACCCACCAGAACAGCUCGUCCGACUCGGAGGCGGAGCGGCGGCCUGCGCCCAGAUCCGAGACCUUCUCCGAAACUUUUCCUGAAAAUAUGUUUAACUUUGUUUAUUUUUAUUUUUUUCUCUCUUCGCCCCACCGUGCUUGUUUAGCCGCCAAGAGGCAAGAUGGAGGAGGCCUGUUCAAGAGUCCGGCUUACCCCGGAUACCCGUUCAUCAUGAUCCCGGACUUGAGUAGCCCCUAUCUGCCCAACGGGUCGCUCUCCCCGACGGCUCGGACAUACCUACAGAUGAAGUGGCCACUCUUGGAUGUCCAGGCGGGGGGUUUACAGAGCCGGCAAGCAAUGAAGGACGCCAGGUCUCCGUCUCCGGGCCACAUCGUUUCUAAUAAAGUUCCAGUAGUUCAACAUCCCCACCAUGUCCACCCACUCACACCGCUUAUCACCUACAGCAAUGAGCACUUUACACCCGGAAAUCCCCCUCCACACUUACAGGGGGAUGUGGACCCCAAAACAGGAAUCCCGAGGCCUCCACACCCUCCGGAUAUAUCUCCCUAUUACCCUCUAUCUCCCGGCUCCGUAGGGCAGAUCCCCCAUCCGCUAGGAUGGCAAGGUCAACCAGUUUACCCAAUUACAACAGGGGGCUUCCGACACCCGUACCCCACGGCCCUUACAGUUAAUGCUUCCAUGUCAAGAUUCCCUCCACACAUGGUGCCGCCCCACCACGGUUUACACACAACUGGAAUUCCUCAUCCCGCCAUAGUGAACCCAACCGUCAAACAGGAAUCUUCCCAGGGUGACGUGGGAUCUCUGCACAGCUCAAAACAUCAGGAUUCCAAAAAGGAAGAAGAAAAGAAAAAACCUCACAUAAAGAAACCUCUUAAUGCAUUUAUGUUGUAUAUGAAGGAAAUGCGAGCAAAGGUUGUAGCCGAAUGUACAUUAAAAGAGAGCGCAGCCAUUAACCAGAUCCUCGGCCGAAGGGUAAGUGUAGAAGGAACUCAACAAAGCACUAAAUGGGUAAUUCUUGCACGGAGCUCUGUUAAUCACAUGCAGCUCUACCCAGGCUGGUCCGCACGGGAUAACUAUGGCAAGAAGAAGAAGAGGAAAAGAGAAAAGCAGGCAGGCGAAAGUAACGAACACAACGAAUGUUACCUAAAUCCUUGCCUUUCACUUCCUCCGAUUGCAGACCUGAGCGCACCUAAGAAAUGUCGAGCGCGCUUUGGCCUUGAUCAGCAGAAUAACUGGUGCGGUCCCUGCAGGAGAAAAAAGAAGUGCAUUCGCUACAUACAAGGUGAAGGCAGCUGCGUGAGUCCGCCAUCUUCAGAUGGAAGCUUACUAGACUCUCCUCCUUCUUCUCCCACCAUGCUAGACUCCCCAACAACAGACUCCAACUCACAAAGUGAACAAACACAACCUCUAUCUCUCUCCUUGAAGCCUGAACCUCUGGCGCGGCUGUGCAUGCCUCAGUCACCUCUGACGGAAAGCCCGACCCGGAAGCCCGGCAACAUGCCAGCCAAUAUUUGUCACAACGGGACAGACCACAGUCACCAACCCGGCUCAUUACCGCCUCCCACACCGUACUCCUUGUCAACAGCACAGCCGUCAACGUCCUUCCUCUCCGCACAUCGAUCCCUAGCUGGAGCUCAACUUCAGCCGCUUUCCCUCGUCACCAAGUCAUUAGAGUAGCACACAGCCCAGCACUGU